CGCCCAUUCCCUUCCUGAAACCAGAGACCAGCACGUUCUAGGGUUUUCUCUCUAAUUUUUUUAGAGUAUUAUUUAAGGAUUUUAAAGGGCUUUCGGGAUCCGUACGAUAGCAGCAAUGUACAGAAGCGCGGCUUCACGCCUCAGAUCCCUAAAGGGUCUGGCUGCUGCGAGAUUUGCUAGUACAGAAGUUGCCAAAAGAUCAACUUCUGGGGGCUUUUUCAGCUGGCUUACAGGCGAGAAAUCCAGUACUCUUGCACCUCUAGAUGUUCCUCUUCCAGGUGUUACGCUUCCACCUCCUUUGCCUGACUAUGUUGAACCAGGCAAGACAAAGAUUACAACUCUACCCAAUGGUGCAAAGAUUGCCUCUGAAGCAUCAACGAAUCCAGCUGCCUCAAUUGGGCUCUAUGUUGACUGCGGCUCUGUGUAUGAGACACCAUAUUCUAUCGGAGCUACACACCUGUUGGAGAGAAUGGCAUUUAAAAGUACAACAAACCGAAGCCAUCUUCGUAUUGUACGAGAGGUAGAAGCCAUUGGUGGUAAUGUUACAGCGUCGGCUUCACGUGAGCAGAUGGGAUAUUCUUAUGAUGCUCUGAAAACCUAUUUGCCUGAAAUGGUAGAAGUGCUGAUUGAUUGUGUUAGAAAUCCCGUUUUCCUUGACUGGGAGCUUAGUGAGCAGUUGAAUAAGGUGAAAUCUGAGAUAGGGGAAAUUUCCAAUAAUCCACAGGGUUUGCUUUUGGAGGCAAUUCAUUCAGCUGGUUAUUCUGGUGCAUUGGCGAAUCCUUUAUUGGCUCCAGAAUCUGCAUUGAACAAAUUAAACAGCACAAUUUUGGAGGAAUUUGUUGCUGAGAACUACACUGCACCUCGUAUGGUAUUGGCUGCUUCAGGAGUGGAUCAUGAGGAAUUGGUAUCGAUUGCAGAGCCUCUUUUGUCAGACUUACCUAAAGUACCUCCUCAUGAGGUCCCUACGUCUGUGUAUGUUGGAGGUGAUUAUCGCUGUCAGGCUGACUCACCGAGGACCCAUGUGGCACUUGCUUUUGAAGUUCCUGGAGGCUGGCUGAAGGAGAAGGAAGCCAUUACAUUGACUGUACUUCAGAUACUUAUGGGAGGAGGCGGCUCUUUCUCUGCUGGAGGUCCUGGAAAAGGGAUGUAUUCUCGGUUAUAUCUUCGCAUUCUGAAUGAGUUCCAGCAAAUACAGUCGUUCUCUGCUUUUAACAGUAUAUACAACAAUACUGGCAUUUUUGGAAUCCAUGCAACCACGGGUCCUGAGUUUGUUUCUAAAGCUGUAGAUUUAGCAGCGAGGGAACUUAUCUCCAUUGCGACUCCUGGAGAAGUUGAUAAUGUACAGCUGGACCGUGCCAAGGCUUCGACAAAGUCAGCUGUGCUGAUGAACUUGGAGUCUAGAAUGGUCGCUGCAGAAGAUAUAGGCCGCCAAAUCUUGACAUAUGGAGAGAGGAAACCAGUUGAGCAUUACCUGAAGGCUGUGGAUGAAGUCACAUUGAAGGACAUUUCUUCAAUUGCAGAAAAGCUAAUCUCUACCCCCCUAACAAUGGCAUCUUGGGGAGAUGUUCUUAAUGUCCCAAGUUAUGAAUCGGUCAGCCAGAAGUUUCAUGCAAAAUAAAAUGCCAGCGCGGAUUGAGUCAAGUUCUCAAUUAUGUUGCAAUUUUGGGAUGGCUUCCAACACAGCUGCCAAAAAUAAAUUAAAAAAAAUAUGAAAGUCUACCAAAUUCCAUUUGGUUCCAUAAAUUGGUGAGCUUCUGCAGUGUUGUAGCAUCACCGAGGCCUGCUGCUAUGGCUUUGCAGCUUCUGUUUGGUUUCCUUUAUGUAAUAUCUAUUUGUUAAUCACAAAUUCUUUUGUCUUUUAGAGACUAGCAUACUUUACUAUUAACCAGCAUUGACAAUUUGGUGAUAGGAUCACUCUUUUUACCAAAGAAUAAUCUUUUGAUUUUUAUUUUCCUUUUAGUUUUGAAA